AUGUCUCUACAGCUUAUCCAGAACUGGGUACCCGGUAUCAAGUGGCCCAUCAUAUGCAAUGCGCCCAUGAUCGGUGCAGCAUCCCCAGCCUUAGCCGUGGCUGUAACCCGAGCCGGGGGUCUCGGCUUCAUCGAAUCGUCAACCGACAUAUCCAAGGGCUCGAAGCAGCUCGAUAAGCUCACGUCCGACCUGGAAAAGUGCUCCUCCCUCCUCGACGGCAGGGUCGGCAACACCUACCUCCCCAUAGGCAUAAGCUUCAUAACGGGCCACCAGUCCGUCGGCUCCUUCGCCGAGACGGCCGUCCCCAUCAUAUCGCGCCACGCCCCGGCGGCCGUGUGGCUGUUCGCCCCGGACGGCGAGGUCAAGCCGCACGGGAGCGUCGUCUCGGCCCUGGAGCCGCUCGACCGCCGCCCGGCCGUCUUCGUCCAGGUCGGCAACGUCCGGGCCGCGCGGGAGGCCGCCCGAGACGGCGCCGACGUCAUCGUCUGCCAGGGGACCGAUGCCGGCGGGCACCAGUUCCGCGCGGGCAUGGGCGUCAUCAGCCUCGUCCCCUCGGUGAGGAGGAUGCUCGCUGCCGAGUUCCCCGAUAGGAAGGUCGCUGUACUUGCUGCGGGGGGGAUCGUCAACGGUGACGGCGUCGCGGCGGCCAUGGCACUUGGUGCUACGGGUGUGGUCAUGGGCACAAGGUUCACCGUCUCGGACGAGUCCAUCUACCCUGAGCACAGGAAGCAGAAGAUCCUCGCCGCAUCAGACGGUGGCAGCGAGACAUUCAAGUCCCCGUUCCACGAUCAAGUAAGAAAAAAUACCCUCUGGGGAGAACUGUACGACGGUAGGGCCAUCAUCAGCCCCGUCCACGAGAGGUACAUGGCCGGCGCGUCACUCGAGGAGUGUCAGAAGAGUCUCGAGGAUGAUUAUUCUCCCGAGGAGGCUACCAAGGUCAUCAGCACGUGGGCGUACGUUCAAGAUGCCAUCCAAACCUUCACUCGCGUAUUGAUCGAUACUGAUUUUUUCUUUCUUUUCUUGCUCGUCAGCGGCACCGGCGUCGGUAUGGUCGACAAGGCGGAGCCGGCGGGCGAUAUUGUAUCCGAGGUACGUGACGAGGCCAUCGACAUAAUCAGGAAACUAGGCGAGUCUCUAUGA